AAAGAGCAGAGGCACACAGAACCUGACUGAGAGCAAAUUAAUGGGCACCGGCGCAGAGAAAAUUGUUCUAGAUUCGCGAUACACAGCAUGCAUCGCCUCUGCUGCAGAGAUGCUUUGAAGAUCCUUUUUAGCGUGUCCAUUGCCAAAUGAAGACCACACACUGCAGUGCUGCCAGUAAAUGUGCAGUCUCCAUCAAUGAUAGUAAGUAAAGAGAAAUAAGAGCUCCUUUAUGUGUGCACACUCUUCCAGCUGACACCAUGGAUGAAGCUGCAGGCUGGUCUCCUCGUGGCUCCCAUGGAGCUCGGCAGUAGGAUGCAAGUGUGUGUCUCCAUCUGUUUGCUCCCACAGAUGACUUCCCAUCUUUGCUUACUCAUCCUGUCUGGCUUGGCAGUCUCAUCCCAACUUGGUUUGGAGGAUGUUUUCUUCAGUCCGCUGGACCAGACAGUCAGAGAAGGAGAGGGAGUUUUCCUCCGGUGUGUAUCAGGGGAGAGUUCACCUCCUGCAAGCAUCACAUGGCUCAAAGAUGGAAAGGUGGUCACAAGAGGUAGACAGAUUCAGGGUGAAUAUGGAGGUGGCCACCAGAAGAAAACGUCAGGCACUCUUCAUCUUUUCAACAUAACAUUAGAAGAUGAAGGGGUUUACAUUUGUGUCACACACAAUCCUUCACUGAACAUCAGCAAGAAGAGCAAACAAGCCAGACUUACUGUGCAGGGGGUCCCUCGGAGGCUGCAGUUCAUCCAGGGCCCUGACAACAUCACUGUUGCUAUAGGAACUGAAGUCUCCAUGCACUGCAGUGUUCUCGGCUUCCCUGUUCCCAUGGUGCACUGGUUCAAAGACGGGUGCCUCCUGAUGAACUGCUCCGGCUCGUUCAGCCUCCAAAACAAUGGACAGCUGCUCACAUUCAGAAAUGUGAGCAAGGAGCAUGAGGGCUCGUAUCACUGUGAAGCAUCAAACCAGAAAGAGACAAUCAGGUCGCAGCCAGCCUUCCUACUUCCAGCUGAAAUGGACUGGAGUUUUGUGCAGCAGCCCACAAAUCUAACGGUGAAGAGUGGCAAAAAUGUCACGGUCACCUGUAGGCCUCCGUACAGCAGACCAGCAGCGCAGGUGUCCUGGUUUAAAAACAACCGGCUUCUCGCUCCCGCUGAUCAUGUAACAGUGCUGCCCAGUGGAGAUCUGUUCAUCCACAGUGUGCAGGAGCACGAUAGUGGCAGCUACUUCUGCAGGGCCUCAAACACCCAUCUUCAAAGAUUUCUUACCUCGAGACGAGCAACACUCACUGUUCUGGCCCCUCCAUCAGUCAAGCUAUGGCCCCAGGUGUUGACGGUGCCUUUGGGUGCUCAGGUGGCGCUGGAAUGUCAGGUGUCUGGCCACCCUUUACCGUCCAUCAGCUGGAUGAAAAGAGGCCACACCAGGCAGACAGGAGGCAAAAUUGCACUGGGACAGAGAAAUGCCACUCUCUACAUCCAGUCAGUCCGGAGCUACGAUGAGGGGGUGUAUGUGUGCGAGGCGUCCAACACACUGGGACAAAGCCAUGGCACAGCACUCCUGAGAGUUGCUGUGAGCCCUGUAAUAGUGGUCUUUAAAGAUCAGGUGACCUACACGAUUGGGACUUUAGUGGUCCUGCCCUGCAGAGCAGUGGGGAUUCUGCCUAUCACAUACACCUGGACGAGGGGCAGAACAGAGCCACAGUCCCCUAUCAGUACCACUGAAGGCAGACACAUAGAUGAAAAUGGAUCCUUGCAUAUUUCCAGUGUGCAGUACUCUGAUGCAGGAGAGUAUUACUGCACUGCUGAGAACCGAGCAGGACGACAUCAGAAACGGAUGAUCCUCAUCAUCACAGCUGAAAAUCGACCUCCUGACAGAGGCAAACAGACAAGACUGGUUUUGUCUGCUAGCACCAGCGAUAAUGAACAACAUCCAGCUUCCAAGUGGAGCGACUCAAUAGCUGAGCAGCGCUUUAAAACAACACGUUAUCCACAUGUACAGGAAAAGCGUAACGAGACAACAUGUACCAGCCCAGACAGUGCAACUACAUUUCCAACAUUUUUAAGAAAAGCUGGGGCUGAGCUAAAUAUACCAUUGAGGACGCUUGCCCAUGUUUCACAUCACCAUUUGAAACAGCCAACAACCAAUUCCACCCAGUUGUUACUCAAUCAGAUGGAGCCUCCUCUCCAUCUGAACCUCCAAUCAGAAGCUCUACACACCCAAGUACCAGUGACCAUUAAACCACAUUUUAUUUCACACAGUGAACCAGCUGCAACACAGAGCCUGGCACCUGAAGUAACCAGUGGAGUGUUGGUCGAAACCCUUCAGCAUCCAUUCAGUGAAAGUCGAUCCCAUUUGAGACAAAUGCCAUCAAAAUUUCUGCAUUCAGCCAGUAACAAGUUGUUUAUAGUGCCCAGUUCUCAGGACCAUACUCUGCCUCAAGUUAAUCAAAUUGCAGAGACAUCAAUAACUCAGCAACCAUCUCAGCUACGCGCUACUGGACCUUUUGGCUUUCUAAAAUCGGACCCCUUCAUGACAAGUCCAACACCAAAUUCUGUUACCCACACUAAGAUGAGACACACCGAUUCAGUCACCCUGACAGUCGCCUACAAAACAUCAUCAUUUCAGCCUUUGCAACCUUCACCAACCCUCUCACAAACAACUCAAACUGAUCUUCAACACUCCUCUACCUUAAGUUUUCUACCAAAGUUUCAUCUUGAGCUUUCUACAAUUCAGUAUAAUCUGCCUUCAACAGAUCUUCCAUCUUCUUUAAUCUCCAAGCCUCCAAUAUCCAAAAUUCAUCUUUCAACAACAACACCUUCAGCCAGUUCCAAACUUUUUCAAACCCAACCUGAAUCAUCUCCAACACAAAAUUCACAGCUUCCAUUCUCCACCAUCCACCCUUCCGAUCAGGCCCUCCAUCCUUCAUUGUUAGACCCUGAGGUAGUCCAACAGGUCAACAGGUCACAUUGGCUGAAUACUACUCAUGCAAGUCAUCCAGUUCAGCCAGAGCUCACAGACUGGUUGAAGAGGAACACUUCCCAGUCACCCAUGACUAGCAAUGAUCCCAGAGUGAAGCAGCAAUCACCAUCAUGGCUGCCUGUGCUGGAGAAACAUGACAUCCCCAUUGUGGUGGGAGUGGGUGUAUCUUUGGCUUUCAUCUUUAUCACUGUUACCUUCUAUUCUGUGGUACAAAAGAAUGAGCCCGCACCAACAAGCCGAGCAGAUGAAUUUUUAACACUGAACACAGUCUGGUUACCUCUUAUAUCUUUUUUCCAAGCUCAGAGGAAUUUAGGUGUUCCCAUACGACAUGCUGAACGUCGAGCUGCAGGACGUACGUAUGAAAACAGAGCGUUUGAAGAUGAUGACUGUGUUGCAGUGAUUGAACAGAGCCCCAAUACAUCAGAAACCCGAGCCAGACCACCAGGGCCCAGCCUGGUUACGGUGCAGAUGGAGCCCACGUUUGACCAACUACAAGAGGAUACCCAGCGCUCUCUGGACAACCACUCAAUCACUGUAGAGAUGUACCCUGAGCCUAUUCUUGACACCAAGAUUGAUCCUUCUCUGGAGGAGGAGAAAGGGUGCAGUUUGUCCCAGCCCAGCAUUCAGGUGCACUGUACUGAGGAUUGGACCAGUAACAGAGGAGACAACCAAAGCCCAUGCCAGGACACGUUGCCUCCUCCGUCACCCUUAAUCUCCCGUUCUCCUUCCCCAUCGCCACCAUCCAGGCGCGAGGAAGGCGUGCACUCUUCUUUAACACUGCAGAGUGCUGAGCCAUGCGUUGCACCCAUCCACCACAGUCUCAGCAUCUCACAUGGCAACCCUCCACUGUUGCUGUCUCACAACGUCUCUGUGGGCCUCACCACAGUAGCUGUUGAUGUCCAUUUUUACCCUGCAGCUACUGCUCCAAUGGCAGUAGGGACUAGUACUCACAUUAAUUCAGUUUCAAACUCCUCAGCAGUGACUGCACCUCUUUUUAGCCCCACGUUAGCUAACAGCCAGGAGAAUGAUCAGUCAGCUUCCAGGCUGCACCAGUGUAAAUAGCUACAUUAUAGGACAAAUCAUCUUCAGUGCUGGCACACAUUAAGUGAAAUGGGAACAAAGUUUUGGCUAGCUUGAUGGUGUGGAGUUAGGAAUGCAUAGAUUACUAACGGGCUGGCUAGCUGAUCCAAAUCACAUUUAAGGGUGUUUUACACCAGUGGUGAUAAGUAGAAUAUUGUAUUUCUCUUGGAGUUCAUUUACAGAUUUUUUCUGUGUGAAAGAAAAAACAAACGUGAAAAAAAAAAAGUGCGGCAGACCAGAGUCAAACACCUAUAGGUGUGAAAAUGCCGUAAGUGACAAAGUAGCUAAGUUGCAACAAAAGACAAACUAAUAUGACACCUGAGUAAUUUGCAAAAGAACACAUUAUAAUGAUUCAGUUCUCUUUGCCAUUAAGUAUGAAACUAGAACCAGCAGAAAGGCCAACCAAACUUGCUAUAGGUAAUGAUGUGCCAUCAUCAGUAGUCUCUGAUGAAACCCCAGUUAAUCAGUUCACCUUGCACAUCUGUGCAGUGUCACAGGUGCUAUUCAUAGCAAUUGUGCAAAACAGUUUUUUAUGUUUGUGCAAAGAUUUAAUACAACUAGAUUAAAUCUGUUAAAUAUUGACAAGUAGAGGUAAGCGUUAGCAGAUUUCCCAGUGUCUAGUUGUCAUAACCAAACAGUGCUAACGUUUUCUUGGCUUUAGCUGCAUACUUGAUGCAUGAUUGGAAUCCCCAUGCACACCUUUUGCCAAGGAAUACAAAUACAUUUCCCAAAAUGAAUGUAAAACAGCUGACUAAGGAAGCAAAUAUUAAGUAUUAUCUUUCACAUUGUUUUUAUUAUAUAUGUAUUUAUUAGCUUUAGGACACAAUUGAUGUAUUAUUCUUUAAUGGCUACAUUUACUGUCAGGUUGUUUGUUUUUGUUUUGUUUUUUAACCGUGAAAGAGAAAAUGUAUAUGUAGUAUGAAUUUAUCUGUUUUACAGGCCUAAAUGUAGGUAGGGUAGCUUGAAGUAAAAAUACUGUAAUUUGUGUCUUUUUUUGUUAAACAGCCAAGGAUACAUGCUUUGCAAUUGUUUUGUGAAGCAGUCCUACAAACCUUUUUUGGUUCAUGACUCAUCAUCAUGUUGAGGUUGACUGUUACACCUUUUUGAAACCAAAGGAUGUUAACUGGUAUGUCAGUGAAUAUGUAGGCAGUACACCAAAAGAGUUUCACUGGAGG